UCAAUGGAUUAAUUCACACCCAAAAGUGUGUCAUACUCACCUGGUGGAGGAUGAGACUGUAUAAAAAGGUUGGCACCCAAGGACUGCCUUCAUCAUCUCUCUUGACUCUUUUCAUCCUCCACUAACAAGCACAGAAACAGCUCUCACCCUGCAAAGAUGUCUGUCGGAGGCGGUGGGAACAUGUGUUAUGCUAGCUGUCCUGCAUCCACGGUGACAAUACAGCCACCACCCUUCGUCCUAAAUAUUCCAGGACCAGCUCUCUACUGCCCUGACCAAAACUUUGGCAUUGAGCAAUACAACCCGUGUGCAGGCUAUGGCGGUGGAUAUGGAGGCAGUGGAGGAAUUGGGGGAGGAAUGGGUGGUGGCCGUGCUAUUGGUAGCAGUGGUGGGAUGGGCAUAGGUGGCGGCAGUGUGGGUGGUGAUAUUGGUGGAGCUGGAGGCAGUGUCCAACUAAUAAGAGGAGGAGGACGCCGAAUGAGCGGGGGACGCCGAUACAGUGGCAGUGGUGGCUACAGCAGUGGUGGAUAUGGUGGAAGGGGUGGAUACGGCAGUGACGGAUACGGUGGAAGGGGUGGAUACGGCAGUGGCGGAUAUGGUGGAAGUGGUGGAUACAGCAGUGGCGGAUAUGGUGGAAGUGGUGGAUACAGCAGUGGCGGAUAUGGUCGAAGUGGUGGAUACAGCUUUGGCGGAUAUGGUCGAAGUGGUGGAUAUGGUAGUGGUGGAUAUGGUGGCAGUAGAUACUCUGGAGGCCGCAGAAGCGGAUAUGGUGGAAGUGGCGGCUACAGCAGCAGGUCUUAUGGCGGCUCCUAUGGUGGAAGCUUGGCACUGCUGCCUAGUACCGCAUGCUACACCUGCUACUGAACCCAGAGGAAACAACCCAAAGCUCAUAGGACAACCGCAGAAACAAAAGACGAACCCAAAGCUUGAACUUGCAGGAGUGGACUUGGGGAAACCCUUCGCCUUCUGUCACCUGCUGAUGCAAGCUCCUUGAACUGAAUGGUCAGCGAAUCCACACUUGAACUCUGUGUAUAUUUUUGUUUCCACAAUUGCACACAAGAAGAAAUAACUCGCAGAAAUAUCCUUUCCAGGCUAUGUUACUUUCUACAAACUUCGCGUCUAUGACUUGAAGGGGGUGGGGAGAGCACAUAAGUCCACCCCUUUUCUCCGCUCUGAUGAUGAACGACCCACAGCUAUCCUGUUUGAAGAGAUUCUUGAAUGCUUUAAACUGUACCCACUGAAAUCUUGUGACUGUUUUUCCAUAACCAAUAGUGCAGAUUGACAAAUCAAUUGCAUUCUAAUUUAUCACUCUUUUCCCUGCUGAAAAAAAAAUACUGCUGUUUCUUCAUUCCCUUUGUCAUUAAAGCUUUUUUUUUGCAUCACAAAA